AGCCGGAGCGAGGGAAGGGGAGCGAGGGGCAGGCGGAGGCGCGGGGCUGGGCGCCGCGGGGCAGAGGAGCCGCCGCCGCCGCCGCCAUGGGGCGCUGACCCGCCCGGAUCCCGCCGGGCGCCCGGAGCUGGAGCCGCUGGCGAGCGAUGCGCGGCGGCUGGGCGCUGCCCCGUCCCGCCGCGCGAUGAGGGGCUGCGGGGCCGGCGCCGGGCCGGCCGUGCCGCCGCCGCUGCUGCUCGGGCUGCUGCUGGCCGCGGCCCCGGGCGCCGCGCUGGCCAAGGAGACGGCGUUCGUGGAGGUGGUGCUCUUCGAGUCCAGCCCCAGCGGCGACUACACCACCUACACCACGGGGCUGCAGGGGCGCUUCUCGCGGGCCGGGGCCACGCUCAGCGCCGAGGGCGAGAUCGUGCAGAUGCAUCCACUGGGACUGUGUAAUAGCAAUGAUGAAGAGGACUUGUAUGAAUAUGGUUGGGUAGGAGUGGUGAAACUGGAACAGCCUGAGUUGGAGCCUAAACCAUGCCUCACUGUCCUGGGCAAGGCAAAGCGGGCAGUGCAGCGAGGAGCCACAGCUGUCAUCUUUGAUGUGUCUGAAAACCCAGAUGCCAUUGACCAGCUGAACCAGGGCUCAGAAGACCCUUUGAAGAGGCCAGUGGUGUAUGUGAAGGGGGCUGAUGCUGUCAAACUGAUGAACAUAGUUAACAAGCAGAAAGUGGCACGAGCAAGGAUUCAGCACCGGCCCCCACGGCAACCCACAGAGUACUUUGACAUGGGGAUUUUCCUCGCCUUUUUUGUGGUGGUCUCUCUCGUUUGCCUCAUUCUUCUCGUCAAGAUCAAACUGAAGCAGCGACGUAGUCAGAAUUCCAUGAACAGGCUUGCAGUGCAGGCACUGGAAAAGAUGGAAACCAGGAAGUUCAAGUCCAAAAGUAAGGGUCACCGUGAGGGAAGCUGUGGAGCUCUGGACACACUAAGCAGCAGUUCAACAUCUGACUGUGCCAUCUGCCUGGAGAAAUACAUUGAUGGGGAGGAGUUGCGGGUGAUUCCCUGCACUCACAGAUUCCACAAAAAAUGUGUGGAUCCCUGGCUGCUGCAGCAUCAUACCUGCCCUCACUGCCGCCAUAACAUUAUAGAACAAAAGAAGGGAAACCCAGGUCCGGUAUGUUUGGAAUCCACGAACCCAGUGCGCAGCCGGCAGCAGAGGGUGAUCCUGCCCGUUCAUUAUCCUGGCCGGGUGCACAGGACCAGCCAGAUAACUGCAUAUCCCACCCGGACUAGCAUGGACCCCCAUGGAAAUCCCAUCACGGUGCUUACAGUGGACCGGCAUGGUGAGCAGAGCCUGUACCCAGCACAGUCCCCUACUUACAUCCAAAGUUACCAGCCUGUUCACUUGGAUCAUGCCUUGAACACACAUCGCUGUGGCCUGGAGCACAGAGCUUAUUCUCCAGCUCAUACCUUCCGCAGGCCCAAGUUCAAUGGACGUAACUUCUCCAGAGCAGCUUGUUUUCCCCAGUAUGAGACCAUGUACCAGCACUACUACUUCCAAGGCCUUAGCUACCCUGAGCAAGAUGGACAGCCUCCAGCUGGCAUUGCCUCAAAGGGUCCCUCCCGUGCCUUCCAGCCUGGUGGCAGCAUGCUGUUCCCUCCUGUGGUACAUGUGAUGCCCUCCUCCCGCUUGGAGAGUGGCAGCAGCUCCAGUUUCAGCUGCUAUCAUGGUCACCGCUCAGUGUGCAGUGGUUACCUAGCUGACUGCCCGGGCAGUGACAGCAGCAGCAGCAGUUCUGGCCAGUGCCACUGCUCCUCCAGUGAUUCCAUGGUUGACUGUACAGAGGUCAGCAACCAGGGGGUCUAUGGGAGCUGCUCCACCUUCCGUAGUUCUCUGAGCAGUGACUAUGACCCUUAUAUUUACCGCAGCAAGAGCCCCUGCCGAGUGGGGGAUGCUGGUGGCACAAACCGAGGGGCGAUUGUUCUCCUAGAGGGCCCCCAUCAGGACGAGAUUCUGGCACGUGGGCACGCUCUGCUGGGUGCUGACUGUCGGCCUGUGCCAGCUUCUUCCUCAGGGGACCAGCUUUCCAGCUGCAGCAUGGAGAUGAACUACAGCAGUAAUUCCUCGCUAGAGCACAGGGAUUCAAAUGGCACUACCUCAGAGGGAGGCCUCGAGGCUACUCCCAGUGCUGCCUUGGAUGUUCAAAGGAACUGGCAUGGUCCAGAAGUAGCAGGACCUCUGAUGGAACAAGCAUGUGCUUGCUGCUUUGAGCUCCAGCACGCUGCCCUGGAGCCCAGCAGUGGGGCAACAGACUGCGGCGCACUCUUCUUGGGCUCCCCACUUUGGGGAGGGUGUGGCCCGGGGCUGGAACAGCAGCCAGGUAGUUCCCAAGGCUUGUAUAGUGUUAACUCAGACCACUUGCAUAGGACAGAUGGGGUGAAAUAUGAGGGCUUGCCCUGCUGCUUCUAUGAAGAGAAGCAGGUUGGCUGUGGUGGCACCGGUAGCAGUGGGGGUGGUGGCUGCUACACAGAGGACUGUGCAGUGAGUGUACAGUACACACUUCAUGAUGAGGCCUUGCCAAGCUGCUAUAGGGGGGUGCAUGACAUAGGUCAGCGCAUCCCUAUCAUUCCUGAGGACAGAGACUGUGAGCUAGUCCUGCCGUUAGAGUGUCGGGGGACCCAUGGAGGCUGUAGUUCCUGGGAUGGGACGCCUGAAAUGGAUGCUCAUCUACACCACCAAGGUCUAGGAGAGCUGCAGGAGGAGAGGGAGGUGUGCUACCGGGCAAUGUCCUUUCUGCAGCAGAACUGCUCUCGGGACGAAGAAACAAGGAUGCUCUUUCACAACCCCACUCCGAGCUCCCAGGAGGCAGCGGCAACCACAAAGGCUGCAGGCUCUGGAUCUCAUCCCCUGGAAAGAAGCCAAAUGGGCGACUAGACCUGGCCAGACUGCCACAGAUAGACAAGGAGAGCUUUUUAUGGAGAUUCCAAAUGAUGCUGGACUUUCUUUCAAACUUUUUUAGCUUUGACAAACACACAAAAGUGGUAAUGUAGAGAAGCCCCUCCCGCACCCCAGCUGGACUGAGCCUCCCCUCCAUUCCUUGCCAGCUUGAUGCAUCCUUCAGUCCUGGGUUUGUGUAAGUGAACAAAGCCCACGUGGAGCAGCUCUGAGCUCUAGUGCCAUUUUUAUACUAGUGACAAAAAGUGUUCUGUAAAUAUAUAUUUUUUUAAAACCAUUGUGCCAGCUCUUACUGGCAGGUAACACUGCUGCAUUAAACAAGACACCGCAUGUAUAGAUAUUAGGGCUGUCAAUUAAUCAUAGUUAACUCAUGCGAUUAACUCAAAAAAAAAAUUAAUCGUGAUUAAAAAAAUUAAUCGUGAUUAAUAGCAGUUUUAAUCACACUAUUAAACAAUAGAAUACCAAUUGAAAUUUAUUAAAUAUUUUUGGAUGUUUUUCUACAUUUUCAAAUAUAUUGAUUUCAAAGUGUACGGUCUUCACUUUAUAUUUAUUUUUAUUACAAAUAUUUUCACUGUAAAAAACACAAGAAAUACCUCAUACAAAUAUUGUAAUGCAAGCUCUUUAUUUUGAAAGUGCAACUUACAAAUGUAGAUUUUUGUUGUUGUUACAUAACUGCACUCAAAAACAAAACAAUGCAAAACUUUAGAGCCUACAAGUCCACUCAUUCCUACUUCUUGUUCAGCCAGUUGCUCAGACAAACAAGUUUGUUUACAUUUACAGGAGAUAAUGCUGCCCACUUCUUAUUUACAAUGUCACCAGAAAGUGAGAAAAGGAGUUCGCAUGGGACUUUUGUAGCCGGCAUUGCAAGGUAUUUAUGUGCCAGAUAUGCUAAACAUUCGUAUGCCCCUUCGUGCUUCGGCCACAAUUCUAGAGGACAUGCUUCCAUGCUCAUGAUGAUGCUCAUUUAAAAAAGGAAAAAAGUGUUAAUUAAAUUUGUGCCUGAACUCUUUGAGGGAGAAUUGUAUGUCUCCAGCUCUGUUUUACCCUUAUUCUGCCAUAUUUUUCAUGUUCUAGUAGUCUUGGAUGAUGACUCAGCACAUGUUCAUUUUAAGAACACUUUCACUGCAGAUUUGACAAAAUGCAAAGAAGGUAGCAAUGUGAGAUUUCUAAAGAUAGCUACAGCACUCGACCCAAGGUUUAAGAAUCUGAAGUGUCUUCCAAAAUCUGAGAGGGAUGAGCAUAUGGAACACGUUUUCAGAAGGCUUAAAAGAGCAACACUCCAAUGAGGAAACUACAGAACCCAAAGCACCAAAAAAGAAAAUCAACCUUCUGCUGGUGGCAUCUGACUCGGAUUAUGAAAAUGAAAAUGCGUCAGUCCGCACUGCUUUGUGUUGUUAUGAAGCAGAAUCCAUCAUCAGCGUGGAGGCAUGCCCCCUGGAAUGGUGGUUGAAGCAUGAAUGAACAUAUGAAUCUUUAGCGCAUCUGGCAUGUAAAUAUCUUGUGACGCCGGCUACAACAGUGCCAUGCAAACACCGGUUCUCACUUUCCAGUGAUACUGUAAACAAGAAGUGUUAGACCCGCAAUAGAGGUCUCCCUAUGGGAUGAGGAGCAGGCAGAUACUGGACACUGUGUUGGUGUAUAAUACUCUAAAUGCUCUUUAUUGAUUACAAAACAAACCUUACUCACUCCACAUUCACACCCCAAACAUACUCUACCAGAGUCCAAAGGUCAGAAAGGUCCCAAUAGCUAGUCAAGUUUCCUUCCAACCAUAAGAUCAUAAAAUGCGGGGAGCCAGUGAAAACCACAUCUAUAUCCACACAGGGCUCUGGAUCAAUAACGACUCCAAUUUGCAGAAAUCAUAGGCAACCAUUUAUAGUCCAUUCCAUCGCAUCAUCAGUUCUUUGCCUUUGUUUACUAGGCCUUCUACCCACACAAUUCCAAAGAGACAAUCCUGGAUGGGCAGCCAUGAUCUAAGGCGUGCCCUUUCCUCCAAUUCUUAUGCAAUUGUAUAUCAGUCCAGCUGGUGGUGUUUCCUUUUCUGCUGAUUCUCCAUAUUUUUCUUGGAACAUAACAAGAUUGUUUUUGCACAAAUAGUUCUAAUAGUUCUUGACCUUAAGUUCUUGCUUCAGUUGCCAGCUUGCAACACAUGUAUUCAUGUCAAGCACACGUCAUUCAUACCAGGUCUCAAUGACCAAUAACAUAUUACAUUGAUAUAUGAAUCAUAAUAUAUAUAGAUAACAGAACAGAAGCAGGCAGCAUUAUCUCCUGUAAAUAUAAACAAACUUGUUUGUCUGAGUGAUUGGAUGAACAAGAACUAGGACUGUGCAGACUUGGAGGGUUUUAAAGUUUUACAUUGUUUUAUUUUUGAAUGCAGGAUUUUUUGUUUUGGAGGCUCUAAAGUUUUACAUUGUUUUAUUUUUGAAUGCAGGAUUUUUUGUACAUAAUUCUACAUUUGUAAGUUCAACUUUCAUGAUAGAGAUUGCACUACAGUACUUGUAUUAGGUGAAUUGAAAAAUAUUAUUGUUUUUUACUGUGAAAAUAUUUGUAAUCAAAAAUAAAUAUAAAGUGAGACUGUACACUUUGUAUUCUGUGUUGUAAUUGAAAUCAAUAUAUUUGAAAAUGUAAAAAACAUCCAAAAAUAUUUAAAUUAUAUUGUAUUCUAUUACUGUUUAACAGUGCGAUUAAUCAUGAUUAAUUUUUUUAAUCGCUUACAGCCCUAAUAGAUACUGAUCUCUCCCUAAGCAAGUGCAGGCCUUUGAUGAGCUCAGGGCUAUACCUGCCUUAGAAAACAGGUCAGCACCUUGAGUCAAAACUAGUCUAGGUGGAUAUAAAUGAUGAAUCAAUUCUUGGGUGCUGCCCUGUCCUCCUUGUGGCAAAUCUCAGUGGCAAGCAGGUUUAAGAAUCUUUAAGGGGUGUGUGGAAGAUUGGGAUACGGAAGUAUUUUUGCCCCCUUCUGACAUUUCUCUAACAGCUUGGCUGCUAGGGGGUCUGCAGACAAGGUCUGCUUUCCUGAAGGAGUGUAGAUGGGAGCUCAUGUGGAAUGCUUCAGCUACCACCUGCUGAAAAAGAAGUUAGGUCCUUUUGCGCCUUGAGGCCUGUGGAGCAAUAGGGAACAAGUGACUUUCUACCACAUCGAAAGGCUGAGGGGAUAACUGCUUCCCACAGAGAACCCCAGCAAUCCUACAGCAGUUCUUCAGGAGAAACUGCAGCAAGAGAAACUGGCACAUGUAGUGAUGCAUUGCUUGUAUGAUGUCUGUGGCUUGUUUUAGUUCAACUGGGGAAACACUUGGAUGGGGGUUACUGUAUUGUUUCCUUGGAGACUGCACAUGGGUAAUAAUAGAAUUAGUGCUUUCCAUCAACUAGCACACCUUACAUGCAUGUACAUGCAUGGGGUUUUGGUGCCCAGAGUAAGGACUGGGUAAACUUGCUUUAGCCAUUGUCUCUUUCUUUGCUGGAAGAGAUAUGGUUGAUGUAGCUUCCAUAGUGCAGUCUAUGUUACAGGAUUCUUUGGCCAGUCCAGCCUUGCCUGUGUUCAUGCCUUUGCGUACAGAGAGCACUGCAUACCCCUUAAGUUUGGGCACAUAGAUCUGUUCCUGUUUUUCUUGUAGUGGGGAAUUUUUGUUAUCAUGAGAUAAUGUAAAAAUUUUUGGAUGUAAAAAACAUCCAAAAAUAUUUAAAUUAUAUUGUAUUCUAUUACUGUUUAACAGUGCGAUUAAUCAUGAUUAAUUUUUUUAAUCGCUUACAGCCCUAAUAGAUACUGAUCUCUCCCUAAGCAAGUGCAGGCCUUUGAUGAGCUCAGGGCUAUACCUGCCUUAGAAAACAGGUCAGCACCUUGAGUCAAAACUAGUCUAGGUGGAUAUAAAUGAUGAAUCAAUUCUUGGGUGCUGCCCUGUCCUCCUUGUGGCAAAUCUCAGUGGCAAGCAGGUUUAAGAAUCUUUAAGGGGUGUGUGGAAGAUUGGGAUACGGAAGUAUUUUUGCCCCCUUCUGACAUUUCUCUAACAGCUUGGCUGCUAGGGGGUCUGCAGACAAGGUCUGCUUUCCUGAAGGAGUGUAGAUGGGAGCUCAUGUGGAAUGCUUCAGCUACCACCUGCUGAAAAAGAAGUUAGGUCCUUUUGCGCCUUGAGGCCUGUGGAGCAAUAGGGAACAAGUGACUUUCUACCACAUCGAAAGGCUGAGGGGAUAACUGCUUCCCACAGAGAACCCCAGCAAUCCUACAGCAGUUCUUCAGGAGAAACUGCAGCAAGAGAAACUGGCACAUGUAGUGAUGCAUUGCUUGUAUGAUGUCUGUGGCUUGUUUUAGUUCAACUGGGGAAACACUUGGAUGGGGGUUACUGUAUUGUUUCCUUGGAGACUGCACAUGGGUAAUAAUAGAAUUAGUGCUUUCCAUCAACUAGCACACCUUACAUGCAUGUACAUGCAUGGGGUUUUGGUGCCCAGAGUAAGGACUGGGUAAACUUGCUUUAGCCAUUGUCUCUUUCUUUGCUGGAAGAGAUAUGGUUGAUGUAGCUUCCAUAGUGCAGUCUAUGUUACAGGAUUCUUUGGCCAGUCCAGCCUUGCCUGUGUUCAUGCCUUUGCGUACAGAGAGCACUGCAUACCCCUUAAGUUUGGGCACAUAGAUCUGUUCCUGUUUUUCUUGUAGUGGGGAAUUUUUGUUAUCAUGAGAUAAUGUGCGCCAUCCCUUCCAAUAGCAAUCGUUUCCUGUGGAAACUGUGGCUUCUGGAUAAGAGGCCAUGGCUGUCAUGCUGUGUGACUGAGAACACAGUAUGCACUUUUCUGUCUGGUGUACUCACACAGCAGGGAUUCUCUUAAAGAGAUCCUUACUAGUUUGUACCCACAAUGUAGGUCUUGUAAGAUAUGAUUGGAAAUCUAUUCAUUACAUUAAAAAUAAAAAAGUAGUGUGAAGUUUAUUUUUACUGAAACAUUGCCUGUGUGGGACAGCGUUGGGCUAUUCAUGGGAACCAGGAAAAGGAUUCCAGUCAGUCUUGAUGGAUGUCCUGGAUGAAUGAAUGAAAAAACCAACAGAGCUUAAAUAAUAAAAAAUAAUUUGGAUUUUUACAUUUCUUUUCACUUCUAAUACUCUACAGUUUUUGAAAAAAAAAACACUAGGAAGGAUAAAUAUAUUUAAAGGAACCCUGCGUCUCUCUCUAAAUGAGUAACCAUGAGUGUAGCUUUUCAGAGAUUUGGUGUAUCUUACAGCAAGAUACAGGAGCUGUACUAUAAAAUUGAAAACCAUUACAAUAAACAUAUUUCCUGUGUAUAAAGAUGCAGAAACCAAGCAAUAUCUUCUCUGAGUACCAGUGACAUAUAGUGUGUUUGUGGGAAGCUGUGGGAUUUUAUCAAAUUUUCCACUUUGAAUACACUCACCGUCCCCAACCCUCAAAGAAAUGCACUAGAGGAGGUAUGGUUAUGAUCUUGUAUUUACACAUCUUGGGCAUGCUGAGAACCACCAAAAAUUUUGGCCACUCAAGAUACUUGUAACACUGUAACUAGCAUAGGCUGAGGUAUGGUAAAAAGGGUGUAAAAUGUCUGUCUGAAUGUUUUGGCUGUGUUCCCAUCUACAUGGGUAUGGUCUUACUCAGAAUGCCUAGAAAUGCCACUCCCUCCCUGCAAGCCAUUUUGUAGAGAUACAUUCUCUUUAGUUCCCAUUUCUGACCUUGUUACCUUCUGCAUUUGCUCAUUUUCCCUGCUGAAAGCCCAUUGGGACUAAUGUGUCUGCAAUGACACACAGGCUGAUUAGCCACAAUAGAUACUAUUUUAAAACAAAAAUGCCUUUCUAUUGCUUAAAUAAACUGUUGCCGUUGUGUUGGGCUCAGGAGGCACUAUUUAAAAUGUUUAAUUAAAAUUUAUUCUGUAGCACUUAAAAAUGGUUUUGUAUAAACUUUGGUGUAAAGAUUUGUAAUAAUAUAGUCAAAGGGCUCUUUCUCCAUUACCAUUUUUUUACUGUUUUAAAGGCUAGGAAACAACUUGUAUAUAUUCUGUAUAUGUAUAGCAGCACAUUUCAUUUAUGGAAAUAUGUUCUCAGAAUAUUUAUUUACUAAUAUAUUUAUCUUAAGCCAUGUCUUAUGUUGAAAGUGUGUGACAUUAUUGGAGUAAUCAUUGAAAAUCACUAACAUGAGGCCCUGUAAAUACAUGAUAAUUGCACACAAAGAUUUUACAAUAUUUGCCGACCAAAAAAUGAUUUAAAGCAAGUCGUAGUUCUCUACAGUUUUGUAACAAAGUGUACAAAUGUCUGUUAAAAAAAACAAAACAAAAUACAGUUUUAUCAAGUAUA